AUGCCAAAUUUUACAGGUGAGAAGUGUGGGAGUGAAAUAGGAAAAGGGUCCCAGGAGACACUUUCGUUGAUUGCCAGAAGUCUCAGUGCGUCUUCUGUCAUUUCUACUUCUACAAGCAAUACAACGUUUGAUUCGAAAUGGCUUCCAAAUUCUGAGGUGGUUAAGCCGCAAACCUACAGAAUUGACCUCAAGUUGAGUCCUAAGGAAAUCGAGAUGCUUAGGUGGUCGUGGCAAGUUGUCACAUCCAACGAUGCUAGGGCUGGUGACGAUACGUCGUCUGUUAUAUCCCAUGGAAGCAGCACUUUCAAUACGGCGGACUUCUCUUCUUUUUUAUUUUGUGUCCAGUUCUAUAACAACUUGAUCGCCAUGGAUGGCACAAUCGAGGAGAUGAUUCCCUCUAUUAGACAUCAGGCUUCUGCCUUUGCUGGCGUACUUAACUAUGCUAUUAGCACUUUGGAGAAUCUUUCUAAGAUGCGUGAUACGCUUCUAAAUCUUGGAAAGCUACAUUCUCGCAUCUUGGGUAUCGAUAGUCCCUACUUCAAGACCAUGGGCGAGGCACUUAUGAGGACUUUUAGAGACUGGUUUGGUAAAGAUAUGUCCGCAUUUCCUCUUGAGUUGGAGGAGGCAUGGAUCAAACUCUACUGUUUCCUUGCAAAUUCCAUUAUUCAAGGUGGUAUUGAUCCCUUCAUUGAAUAUGGAGCGGAUGAUUCAUCUUCAUCCAUUAUUCAUGAUAAAGAUGGCGGCAGCCUUGUCGAUGCAUCAUCCUUACGCAGUAGACCGUUACCAAGAGAUCCUUCCCUGCUUUCUUUUCAGCAGGCAUCAUCUCCUGGUGAGGAAACGAAACAUGGAAAUCUUGCCACGUCCAAGAAAUCCACUCGCAAAUCUGGCAACUCUGCAAAGAAGAGUCGUAAACGUGGAUUCCGGGGUAAGAAUUCUGACGACGGUGAUUGCAUCAUCAUGUAA